AUGGCGGCGGCGGAGGCGGAGCGGCUGGAGAGCCUGGUGUUGGUGCACAACGUGGCGAAGAGGCACAACAUAGGGACGAUGGCCCGCAGCGCCACCGCUUUCGGCGUGGCGGAGAUUGUGCUCGUCGGCCGUCGCGACUUCAACGCCUUCGGUAGCCAUGGCUCCACCUCUCACCUGCGUUUCCGCCACUUCCAUUCCCUGUCCCAGGCCCACCUCUACCUCAAGGCAUCCUCCGCUCUCCGCCGCCCUCUCUCUCCUCUUCCCUCCCACACGUCACUUCCACUCCUUCUCCUAGGGUUUUGCUGACCUCUCUCUGCGUUUUUCUUCUCUGUCCCUCCCCCGUCGGCAGGAGGAGAGGGACUGCGACAUCUGCGGGGUGGAAAUUACGGACGGCGCCAUCUCCGUCAGCCAGCACCCCUUCAGGAAGAGCACCGCCUUCCUGCUCGGCAAUGAGGUCUGCCUCUUCCCCAUCUUGGUCGAUCGGCAGCAUCUCUAUUCGAAUUCUUUGAAUGAAGCAAUCCGGAGACUGCGAUGCGAUUCACCCUUCCUUUGAAUCUUCAGGGGAUGGGCCUCUCCGCUAAAGAGUGCGAGAUCUGCGACUUCUUCGUUUACAUCCCGCAGUAUGGCGGCGGCACCGCGUCUCUGAACGUUACGGUGGCAGCUUCCAUCGUUCUUCACCACUUUGGAGGUGAGAUCAUGGAUGGUCUUUGUGGAUCACGCUAUCAUGCAAAUUUCAUCUGGUUAGGGACAUUGCUCGUGGAGUAAUCUGCAGAAAAAUUUUCUCAUCUUUAAGCCCUAAUCCAAUGAAAUCACUGGUCUCGAAGGGAGAAAAUCAUAAACAUUUUUUUCGGCCAGUAGAAGAUCUGCAGAAUCUUUUUGAAACGAGCAUUGGGAUCGUCGAUAAUUGUGGGUUAUCUACAAUCUGCAUGGGAAAAUCUUCUUCGAUAAUAACCAGUUCAUAUUUUUUUAUGUGAUUAAUCUGGUGAGAGAACUGUACAGGAUUUUAUGGCCCCAUGGGAUCAACCAAGAGAUUAAAAACUCACUAGAAAAAAUGUAAUUCUCCCAUUGCUUUUUGAUUACCUGCAGGGACAUAUCGGGCUGUAAACCAGGUGAGCUCUUCAUGGAUUACCAAGAUCUUGUAUCUCUUAUAUCUUAUACUUAUUUAGGGUUCGAAACUUAUAAUUUUGGAGCAAUCACAAUAACGGUGGAAAUGGUUUGACCUUGCUGGCUUGAGACUCAGGUUGACUUGCUCCACUUUCGGUUAUGCCUGAUGCAUCCAUCGAUUUUUCUCGAUCUAGUAUUUACAGUUCAUUGGGGAUCAGAAACAAGGAUCAGUUAGUGAAUCCUGCUGCUUUAAACGUCUACAGCUAUUCUUCAGUCAGUGUAUGUGAUCUCUGUUCUUUGGUCUCAGUGUGGGCAGGAUUUCCAGAGAGGAGGAGGGAGGGCAACAAGUUCGCCUUGGCGGAGAAGCCAACGAAGCAGAUGAGGAGGAACUGCUGCUCAGAGACGAUGGAGUCGGUCAUUGAGAGCCGGCGUAACCGUCGGGAGAAUGCUGGCCGAGAUUUCUUCGAGCCAGCUGAGGCCGACAAUACCCGGUCAACCAAUGGCUUGUCUGAGCUGUUCAGUGACUUGGGUUAG